CCGCAAAAAUGGUAAAAAAAUCUUAAUCCCCAAAGGAUUUCCAGAUUUCCUUUCCAAACUUAAAAACAAAAACGAGUAAACAGUUUUAAUCACAGUUAUCAUCAAGAUUUGAUUUUUAAUGAUUGCGAGAUUUUAGGUCUUAUGGUUAUGUCGGUUUAGAGAAUUUUGGAUCGAAUCUUCCUUGAAUUUUCCUCGUGUCACUCUUAUAUAUAAUGAUGAUUAUUGAAUGAAACACCAAUUCCAUCGUUCAUCGGCCUUUAAAUUCGUUUUCCAUACAAUUCCCUUACCCAAAAUUCCAGGUUUUCUGUUUUCUCCUCUCUGUUUUUUCCAAAAAAAAAAAAAAAAAAAUCCCCUGUUCUUGUUCAAUAUCUCUUUCUUCUUGUUGUUGUUGUUGCUUUCUUAAUUGAAAUAUAUAUAUAUAAAAAAAUAAACAUCCCUUCUUUUUUUCGAAGAAAUUGAAAUUUGAUUGAGAAAAAAUGGAGUAUUACCCAUUGGAAGUCACCAUCAUAUCCGCAGGUGGAUUGAAGAACGUGAACAUGUUCUCCAAGAUGGAUGUUUAUGCGGUGGUCAAAAUCCUGGGCUAUCCUUCCAAGAACAACACCAAGAAGACCAAUGUUGACAAGAAUAGUGGAUCCAAUCCCAAAUGGAAUUUUCACCUCCGAUUCGAUGUUGCCGAGAAUUCCCUCAACAACCCUGGAAUUUCCCUCCUCGUCCAGCUCAAAUCCGACCGGACUUUCGGCUCCGCCAAGGAUAUCGGCGAGGUUAACGUCCCAAUUCCGGAGCUUUACAAUGGCUUCUCAAAAGAGAAAGAUUCAUCCGACAAAGUUGUGGAAUAUCAAGUCAGGACAUCCUCAGGUAAACCCAAAGGCACCCUUAAAUUUUCGUAUAAAUUCGGGGACAAAUUCACCCAAGCACACGUUGAUGAGGGCAAGACGAAGAAUCCCGCCGGCGAGCCCAUGACGGCUUAUCCCGCCGCCGCCGGCGCUAGCACGGCGUACCCACAAUAUCCCCAAAUGGGUUAUGCGAUGCCGCCUCCCGGCUAUCAGCAACCGCCUCCUCACGGCGGAUACGGAGCUCCUCCUACACCGGGAUACGGUGGAUAUCCUCCGGCAGCAUAUCCUCCACAAGGUCCACCACCACCGGGUUAUGGAUAUCCACCGCCUCCCGGGUAUGGAUACCCCAUGCAGCAGCCGGUUCAACCACCGAAGAAGAACAAGGGAAAAUCGGGAAUGGGAUUGGGCAUAGGUAUGGGGCUGCUCGGAGGUUUGCUGGUCGGAGAUAUGAUUGGGGACGUCGGAGAAAUGGCUGCCUAUGAUGCCGGCUAUGAUGAUGCUAUGGGUUUUUAGAUUUGCAAUUUUAUGGAUUUCAUUCUGACCCAAAGUGUGAAUAUAGUUGGUCUCCCUCCAGUAUUUAUUUAUUUUUUAUUAUUGUAUCAUCAGUAUAGUCAUUAGUCAUUAUAAUUUUUUGAUUUUGUUUUGGUGUUUUUGUCUUUUUGAGGGGGAAGAGGAACUAGAAUCAGGAAAUGGCUCAACAGAGUUUCAGAAAUAUUUGAUCUCCUGAUAUGCAUUGAGUACUUAACCUUGUUCUAUCCCUUAUUUUAUGAUAUUCUUUCCAUCCCGAAAUAAUUCACAUUUAGAAUAGAGUGAUUAUAAUAAUUUUGUCUCAAAUUCUGCUACUUGACAAGUAUAUACCUGGUAACUCUCAAUUAUCU